GAAGGCGCCCGGCGGGCCGGGGUGCGGGAUCUCGUUCCUCCUUGGUGCGCCUUAAACCGGCAGUUAACGCCUGGCGUGUCCGCACAGUGCCCUCCCAGCGCUGGCGGCGGUCGGAGAAGGAUUGAAGGAGUGUUGGGUGCGUGCGUCGCCCGGUCUCUUCCGAUGGCCUCGUCUCCGAACCGGAGCUGCUUAAUUUGUUCUUCUGAAACGUUUUGCUUGGUGUUCGGCCUUGUGACGGCUGCGCUGUUGCACAACAAUGUGAAGACUUGAGUAGAAUUUGACAAUGGAGGUAAAAUCCAUAGUCAUCGUCGUGGAGGGAAUGACAUGCAAUUCUUGCGUCCAAACCAUUGAACAACAUGUUGGGAAAAUCAAUGGCGUCCAUAACAUAAAAGUAUCUCUAGAGAAAAAGAAUGCAGUCAUCAUUUAUGACUCAAAACUACAAACUCCAGGGACUCUGCAGGAGGCAAUACACGACAUGGGAUUUGAUGCUGCGUUAGGUGAUUCAAAUCCACAACCUGUUUUACCUGACACUAUUUUUCUUACUAUUCCUACUCAAUCAACUCUAACAUCUAAACAGAUUCGUAGUAUACUACUGAAAAACAAAGGUAUUCUGGAUGUUAAAACGUCCUCUGACCAUAAAACUGCAGUAGUGACUUUCAUUUCCUCCAUUAUAAAUGGCAAGCAGAUUAUCCAAAUGGUCCCGGGAGUAGAUGUAUCUACUCCAGCACCAGAGGUAACUCCUGGAACUUGUGAAGAUGCCAGCUGGUCUCAAGCAAGCAGCGUUGUGCUACGCCUGAAAGUAGAGGGGAUGAGCUGUCAUUCCUGCACCAGCACCAUUGAAGGGAAGAUUGGCAAAUUGCAAGGAAUUCAGCGGAUUAAAGUGUCCCUGGACAAUCAGGAAGCUGUUGUUGUAUAUCAGCCUCAUCUCAUUACAGCAGAAGAAAUAAAACAUCAGAUUGAAGCUGCGGGUUUCAUGGCAUCUUUCAAAAAGCAGCCCAGACCUCUCAAGCUCAGUGCUAUUGACCUGGAGAGGUUGAAGAAUGUUCAGGCCAAAGGCUCUGAAACAAUACUGAAAGAGAACUCAAAGAAUGCGAAUGAUACAAAGACCAUUGUCUUCAGAAUUGAUGGCAUGCAUUGCAAUUCCUGUGUCCUCAAUAUUCAGAGUACUAUAUCAGCACUCCCAUCAGUAACAAGUGUAGUUGUUUCAUUAGAGAAUAAAUCUGCUAUUAUAAACUACAACCCAAACUUAAUUAGCAUAGAUGUACUGAGAAAAGCCAUAGAGGCAGUGUCUCCAGAGACAUUUAAAGUCAGCCUUCCUGAUGAAUAUGAAAAUGUAGCACUCUUCACCACACUGACACCUCCACAGAAAUCUGCUGUUGCUUUAAAGGAUGCUAGCCAGCCCCUUACUCAAGUUGUUGUGAUAAAUAUUGAAGGAAUGACUUGUGACUCUUGUGUACAGUCUAUUGAGGGAGUCAUAUCCCGAAAGGCAGGUGUAAAAUCAAUACAUGUCUCUCUUCCAAAUCAUAAUGGGACUAUAGAAUAUGACCCUCUACAAACAAGCCCAGAAGACUUGCGAUCCUCAAUAGAGGAUAUGGGAUUUGAUGCAUAUAUAUCAGCAAAGACAGAACUCCCUGUGGUAGUGACUCGGCCUUCACCCGAAGUGCAGCUGGAAUCUCACGGAACAGAGCCUCCCUCCAAAGUAUCGCUGCUCCAUGUUGCUAAACAUGAGAUGAAGACUAUUUCCAAGUGCUACAUCCAAGUCACAGGCAUGACAUGUGCUUCGUGUGUGGCAAACAUUGAGAGAAAUUUGAGAAGAGAAGACGGAAUACAUUCAAUACUUGUGGCCCUAAUGGCGGGAAAGGCAGAAGUGAGGUAUAAUCCUGCUAUCACACACCCAUCAGCUAUUGCAGAGCUUAUACGGGAACUGGGAUUUGGAGCUACAGUGAUGGAAAACUGUGAUGAAGGAGAUGGAAUUCUGGAACUCAUUGUGAGGGGAAUGACAUGUGCUUCUUGUGUGCAUAAAAUAGAAUCCACCCUCAUGAAGACUAACGGAGUGUUAUACUGCUCGGUAGCUCUUGCAACUAAUAAAGCACACAUUAAAUACGAUCCUGAGAUUAUAGGUCCUCGAGAUAUCAUACAAACAAUACAGGGUUUAGGUUUCACUACAUCUUUAGACAAAAAAGAUAGAUCUGCUAGUCAUAUAGACCACAAACAGGAAAUAAGACAGUGGAGAAGGUCAUUCCUUGUGAGUCUGAUUUUCUGUAUUCCUGUCAUGGGGCUGAUGAUUUACAUGAUGAUUAUGGACAGUCAGCUUGCAGAUGCUCACGCACAUCACAACAUGAGCGCUGAGGAAAUGGAGGACCUUCACUCUUCCAUGUUCCUGGAGCGCCAGCUCCUACCAGGAUUAUCUGUUAUGAAUUUUGUGUCAUUUUUACUCUGUGUCCCUGUACAGAUGUUUGGAGGCUGGCACUUCUAUAUUCAAGCGUACAAAGCGCUGAAGCACAAAACUGCAAACAUGGACGUGCUCAUUGUUUUGGCAACUUCCAUUGCGUUCCUCUACUCAUUCGUUAUUCUCCUGGUUGCAAUGGCUGAGAAAGCAAAAGUAAACCCUGUGACUUUCUUUGACACACCUCCCAUGCUAUUUGUCUUCAUCUCACUGGGCCGGUGGCUAGAGCAUGUUGCAAAGGGUAAAACAUCAGAGGCACUCGCAAGACUAAUUUCAUUACAAGCUACAGAAGCAACUAUUGUUACCUUGGGCCCUGAUAACAUUCUCUUAAGUGAAGAGCAAGUUGAUGUUGAACUGGUUCAGCGGGGUGAUAUUGUCAAGGUGAUUCCAGGAGGCAAGUUCCCAGUGGAUGGCCGUGUUAUUGAAGGGCACUCUAUGGUAGAUGAAUCCCUCAUCACAGGUGAAGCGAUGCCUGUGACUAAAAAACCUGGCAACACAGUUAUUGCAGGUUCUAUUAAUCAAAACGGGUCGCUGCUGAUUUCAGCGACCCAUGUUGGAGCUGAUACAACUCUAUCCCAGAUUGUCAAGCUUGUGGAGGAGGCCCAAACCUCAAAGGCUCCUAUUCAGCAAUUCGCAGACAAGCUUAGUGGCUAUUUUGUUCCUUUUAUCGUGGCUGUCUCUGUAGUUACCCUUUUUGCCUGGAUUAUAAUCGGAUUUGUGGAUUUUGAAAUAGUAGAAAAAUACUUUCUGGGUUACAAUAAGAGUAUUUCUGCAGCUGAAGCGAUAAUCCGCUUUGCUUUCCAAGCCUCUAUCACAGUCUUGUGUAUUGCGUGUCCCUGUUCUCUGGGAUUAGCAACCCCAACGGCUGUGAUGGUGGGUACUGGAGUAGGAGCUCAGAAUGGCAUCCUGAUCAAAGGAGGAGAGCCACUAGAGAUGGCUCACAAGGUAAAGGUGGUUGUAUUUGACAAAACUGGUACCAUUACUCAUGGGACACCAGAAGUGAUGCAGGUGAAGUUUCUAGGGGAGAGUAACGGAAUACCACGUAAUAAAAUGCUGGCAAUGGUGGGGACUGCUGAAAGUAAUAGCGAACACCCUCUCGGAGUAGCAAUAACGAAAUACUGCAAAAAGGAACUGGACUCAGAAACUCUUGGGACGUGUACAGAUUUUCAGGUAGUUCCAGGCUGUGGCAUUAGCUGCAAAGUCACCAAUAUUGAAGCAUUACUCUACCAGAAGAAUAAAAUGAUUGAAGAAAACAAUAUUAAAAAUGUGACACUUGUGAAAAUUGAGGAAAACACAGAGGAAUCAAUGCAGCCUGCUUUGAUUAUUGAUGCUGAACUACCAACUACUUCUCAGAAAUACUCUGUUCUCAUUGGAAACCGGGAAUGGAUGAAUAGAAAUGGCCUCGUUGUUAAAAGCGAAGUAGAUAAAGCCAUGAUUGAACAUGAACGGAGAGGUCGCACAGCAGUUCUGGCAGCUGUUGAUGGAGUGCUUUGUGGCUUGAUAGCUAUUGCUGACACUGUGAAACCUGAAGCUGAGCUGGCAGUCUACACUUUGAAGAGUAUGGGAUUAGAAGUUGUCCUAAUGACAGGUGACAACAGCAAAACAGCAAGAUCUAUUGCCUCUCAAGUUGGCAUCACCAAAGUGUUUGCGGAGGUUCUUCCAUCCCACAAAGUAGCCAAAGUGAAACAGUUACAAGACGAAGGAAAACGAGUGGCCAUGGUUGGAGAUGGUAUAAAUGACUCCCCAGCUCUUGCUAUGGCCAACGUGGGAAUUGCUAUCGGCACAGGCACUGAUGUAGCUAUUGAGGCAGCUGAUGUGGUUCUAAUUAGGGACGACUUGAUGGAUGUUGUGGCAAGUAUAGAUUUAUCAAGAAAGACUGUCAAAAGGAUUCGGAUCAACUUUGUCUUUGCUCUAAUUUAUAAUCUUAUUGGAGUUCCUGUAGCUGCUGGGGUCUUUCUGCCCAUUGGUUUGGUUUUGCAACCCUGGAUGGGAUCGGCAGCAAUGGCUGCCUCCUCCGUUUCUGUUGUGCUUUCUUCUCUGCUGUUGAAGAUGUAUCAGAAACCAAGUUCUGAGAAACUCGAGUUCCGGGCCCGUGGCCAAAUAAGACACAAGAGUCCAUCAGAAAUCAGUGUCCAUAUUGGAAUUGAUGAAACUGGGACAGGCUCUCCUAAACUGAGCUUAAUGGAUCGAAUCAUCAACUACAGCAGAGCCUCUAUAAAUUCUCUCUUUUCAGACAAGCGUUCAGUGAACAGCAUAGUUCUUAAUGAACCAGACAAGCAUUCGCUUUUGGUGGGAGAUUUUGGAGAAGAUGAUGACACAGCAUUGUGAGAGACUUGGGGCAAAAAGAAAGGGAAAGAAAGAAAGAGAAACUCAACAGCUGUCUAGAAGUCUGCACAGACACUGAUCAUUUCUGGAGGUCUGGAUUUACAGAUGGUUUUCCUACCUUUCUGGGGUGUAAUCUCUCAUCUACACAUAUAUUUCAUUUUUAAUGUUGACGAUCAGUUUGCAGUGACCUUCCAGUAUUUUUUUAAACUAGGCUUAACGAAAAAAAGAGCAAUGGCUGCUAAUGAUAGAAUCAUGCUUGCAAACAAAGCUGUGUUAUGCCAUGGAGCUUGUAGUAUUGCAUUUUUUGGUAAAAUAUCAAAAUACAACUAAGGAAAUUAAGGAACCAGAAAUUCAUUUCCCAGCUUUGUAACAGGCUUUUGCACAGUCAAGUUUAAUGCUGUGUUUAAAAUUUAUAUAUUAUUGUAUUGGUAAAAUAUUGAAAGUACAGUGUUUGCAGGUAGAUGUGCCUUACUUCAAAACUUCCAGGAUCACUGUUGUUUUUGUGCCCUUUUACCAGAAGUGGCUGCUCUUUUUCCUUCUGUAAACCUCUGGUUCCAGCUUUUCACACUCCUAGCUUCCAAAGCUCUCACCUGGGCUCUGGCCUUCUGCUAGGCAGAAAGGCCGAGAGGCUUUGGGUUUGCUUCCUAACAUCAUAUUCCCAUCCAGCUCUAGGCAUCCCUGCCCCCGUACACUCCUGCUACUGAGACUGUCUGGUUGAAGGUUGAAUGGGCAGGGAGGUCUGCUCUUUCCCAGCCUCUCCUAAGCCAAAAGCUCUUGCAGCAUCUGAGAAUUGUAAGAAUAUGAUAUGCUGUUAGCUGAAAUGUUUGGCUUUUUAAAAGGUAACAGUGUUUAAAGUAGUUAGCGCUGACUAUCGAAUCUAAAAGCACUCCUUAAAUGAAUUGAAACAGUUUGGAUUGGGGACACACAAGCUACAAUCUCUAUAGAAAUCUCUGCAGUUGAGUAUUUGCAGAUAUCUAACAUCAUCAAAGAAUCUGUUACAUCAGUGCUGUAUCUGAGAGAUAUCAGUUGCUUAUAAAGGUAAGUGUCUAUAUACCAGGAAUGGUCCAGAAUCCACUCCAUAGGUCUAAACCUCCUUAGUUUGGGAUGCUCAGAUCCAGGCUUUGUGAAUUAAGCCCAACUUUGUUACAGAGCUGAAUUCUCAAAACACGGGUUUUGAUCAUUAAAUUGUGAAUAUUAAAGAUAUUCUCAAUGAGAAAUAAAGUUGGUGUUCAUCACCCUGUAGCUACCUAUUUGUUACUUUGGAAACCUUGUUCUUUAAAUCCUUGGCUGAGACAGCUACCUAAAGCAGUUACUAGGCUUAAUCAUGCUGAAGAACUACAUCAUGAAAUAUCAUCCAUCGUAUGAACAAGUAAUACCUAUUUGUGUGUUAGAGAAGAAAUAUCCAAUUCAGAAUAUGAUUAAGAGAUCUCGGUAGUGUUCUAUGUUUUGACUUGAAGACUGAUGUCAAUGCAUAGAUCACACAUGCAAAAAGUCGUAAGUAAAUAGCUUUUACGUUUUGUUUGAGAGUUACCAGGGAACAUACAAUAUCUGGAAACAGAAGAGUUGUGCUAUGGAACAUGUUAGUAAAUCAGUAUACUUGUCACAUUGCAGUGAGGAGAACAACAAACUAGUGGCAGCAGCAAUUACAAAUGAAGAAACAAUGUAUUUCUGUGGCAACUUAGGUUCUUAAUAUUGUUAAGGGAAUAUACUUUAUUUAGUCCUUUAGUUUUGAUUGUAGCUAUUUUGGUGUUAAGAAAUGUUGAGAUACACUACUGCAAAGCCAUUCCAUAAGGGGUUGCUCUCAGCGUUCAGCAACACAGGGGUUUCUUAUGAAGUAGAUAACUACCUAGAAAACAACAGAUUAUAAUCAAAUGACUUUUUAGUUCUUCAAGGCUGUGUAAACUGUUUCCAAAAGGUUUCAGCUUUCUUGUUUAUCCAUGCUUGUUCUCUGUGUUGUUCUUGGCAAGGUGCUGCAGAUGAAGCAGGAACUAUUCUGCAUUUUUUUUCUUAUCUGGAUUUUGCUGACAACUGGUCAUCUUAAUUAUACAAUGAAGAUGCAGAUACUCUCAUCCCUAAGUGUGUUAGUAUCCCUGUUGCAGGUGCAGGUCCAGCCCAUGGUUGUGCAGAUGGCAGUAAAUGAUAUCCUGGUCUUACUGCAGGAAGCAGAGUUAGUAAUUUAGGGUUAAAUUCCUGGUUGGUACCUGGAGCAAUGAGAAGAAUUUAUUAAGUUCUUUCCACAUAUAUUUUUAAAGCACUUCAAGUCAGAAGCCUAAAUUGUAUGUAGGUUGGAUGCUUAAAGCAGGAAUGCUGGCUUUCUCUUCAACUUUUUCCCAAUAUAAAAGCUUCUUAUAUUUUAUCUGUUUCCUUUUAAUAUGAAACCCAGCAUUUGAUCCAGUUACAGCAAAAUAAGACUGCUUUUCAAAACUGGGAUACUUCAGUCAGGCGCAGUGACGAUUGUGGGGGAAUGAGGAGGAGUGCACUGGUGACUGAGAGGGAAUGGGAUAGCUGCUUGCAAGUCUGGUCUGGGGAGCAAACUUGGAAGACAAAAGAAGAGAGCGGCCAGAGUUAGCCCAAGAAUGAACGGGUGGCGGGGUAAGCUCAGGCUUUAACUGUGCUGAAGCUUUUAACUGUAACAGCUACGAGGUCCUGAGAUGGCUUUACUUAGACAUAGCGUUGGUGGAAAGGGAACUGCUGUCGGGUCCCUGGAAGAGGACUGUCUGAAGGGAUGCUGCAAGCAGCAGGACUUGUUGUCCCAGGCGGUCCCCUCCAAUCCAGUUUUCCGCUUAGAUAUCUGAAAAUGUCUUUCGAACUUGAAGUUGUACACAGUACGUUUAAGUAUUGAGUACUGGAUAGCUGAUCGAGGAAUCACGAGUCCAGAUCUUUGAAAACAGAUCGUCAUCCCCUGUCCCAGUAAAUGUGUAAUAUUGACCUACCGAAUGUUUAUCUUUUGAUUAAAACAUUUUAAGGUGCUUUAAGUUGAAGAACCAAAAUAUUUUUUAGUUUGAAUGUACAGUGCAAGUGAAAUAAUGUGAGAGGCAAAUGUUUUCCCAAAUGUAAAUGUUUUAAUAUGUACAUAUUUUACUCCUGUUGGAGGCAACUUGGAAUCAGGAAUUUAAAAUGUCACUUGGAAAUAUACAGUUCCAAAUGAAAUUAUGUAUUACUAGUUUGUCUAUUUUAUUAUUUUCUAUGACUAGCUAUUUAUAAAACCUGUGCUUUAUUUAAAAAUGAAACAAAGUACCUAUGCUCAAGGCUUUAAAAAUCACUUUUUGAAUCUUAUUAAUAGCCUUUUGAAAGAGUAGGCACUUGAAAUUUUAUUCAAGAAGAAUGUGAAACUUGUGAAACACAACGGAAGCAAGUAAUUGUAUUUAUUUACAAUGCAAAUAACAGUGUUUAUUUUGUUACUCAAAAUGGAAGUUCCAACCAAAUAUUUCAAAUGUGUAGGUCUUUUUGUUUUGAUUUGAUAUGGAGGAAGGAGAGAGAAAUGAAUGUUAUUAUGGAAAGUUAAUGUUUAGUGCUGUUACAUUUCUUUACAUACAGAAAUGUGCAGUCUCACACUUCCUAUUCUGUUAAGAAUAUGCCUCCAUUAUUAUAAUGGUAACUAUAAACUAUAUAAUAAAGAUGUAACAUCCAAA